AUGUCGUCGCAGAAUGCGGUUCAUGCCAUGGAGAAUGGAACGCGCAGCCUUCGAAAGAUCGGUGGGCCGGGGAGAAAGCCGAGGGCGUGUGCGGAAUGCAAGAAACAGAAGAUGAAAUGUGAAGUGCCUUCUGGAGGCCACAAAUGCAGGAAUUGCUGGAAGAGAGGCACGGACUGCGUCUUUGAUCGACUCGUAGUUCCUCAUGCUGCAAACAACGGGCGGCCGCAUGCAGCUGCUAACCCAGAGUGCAACUGCGGCCACAAUUUGACUUUAAUCCGAGAAGAUAUCAGGCAAAUACAAGCAUCGAUGGACGUCUUGGCGGGGCAGAAAAUGCUGCAGGCCGAGCCGACCUCACAUCACGAAAGCCCCCCAAACGCGACGAUAGCUGCGGGAGAGGCAUUGUCCGCAAGAGAGUUCAAUCUGCGUAUGGCGAUGACGAGAGAAAACUCCCCGGAAGCAAACGGGAAUACCGAGCACAAUGGCAAUUCAGUCACAGUAGAGGAGCCAAUGGGUAGUCUCUUCCACACAUCCCUGAAUCACUACCUCUGGGUUGGCCUUGAGCAGACCCAUCCAGAUUUUAAGUCGGUAAGGGAAUCGUCGGAGCUGCUCACAGCCACGAUUCUGACAGUCACGGCGCUUCAUAUUCCAACAAGCGCUGAAACUUUCGACAAAUGCUAUAAAGAGUUCCUAUUGCUCAUAUCGAGCUCAAUGUUUAGUCGAUACCACAGCGUUGACGAUGUGCGAGCCCUAUGUAUUGCAGCAUUCUGGCUAUCAGAAGCGUACGGCCGCCCACCCAUGAUCGCCGAAUCUCUACAAAUUCGAGACCACGAGCUAUUCCUACAGUCGCCCUUCGCCGAUGCUCUCGACCGACGGAUCCUCUCGCAAGUCUCCUUGAUGCAAAUCCUGACGCGCAUAUACGAUCGGUUCAUUGAAGGUAGCAAGGGCUUAACUCAGGAAAAUACAACAAGCGCGAUGCUCGCCGAUGAAGAGGGCGACUUUGAUGACCUGCGCGCGUUCAACGGCGAGAUAGACCGCUGGCGGUUGCUGUGGCACGCGCGUCAGGAGCACAACCCUUUCAUCGGAUCCUUCCCGCCAAAGGGCAUCAUACUAUACUGCUAUUUUGCCAAGCUGCAGCUCAACUCACUCGCGAUCCGUGGUGUGAGUUUGUCCAGCGGCCAACUGUCAACACAACGCAAGGAAUACGUGAAUCUGGCCAUCUCUGCGGCAGCAAGUAUCCUGACGUUCGUACUCGAGGAAGAGGAUAUGAGGAGGGCACUGGUUGGAACACCGCUCUAUGUGCACACUAUGAUUACGUUCGCAUCUGCCUUUCUAAUGAAGUGUGCAACCAUGUGGAGCCGCGUCAUGGGGCUGUAUAUCGAGGCAGGCUACAUCACCAGCCUACUCGAGCGCGUAGUCUCGUUGCUGAAAACGUCAGUGACUUCUGAUCGACAUGUCCUGUACCAUAUAGCAUUUGGACUAGAGAAGAUGCUGGCGAAGUUCAGCACGAACUCGGGUGUGACAAUAGCACAGGGCUCGAGACAGGCAGCCCUCAGGACAGGCAUCUCGGGUAGUGACAACGGCCAGUUUGCCCAAAGGUUUCCAACUGAUGGGAAUCACGUGGCUUUCUCGAACGCGGAAUGGGGUGCAUAUACCGGUCCAGUAAAUGCUGGAGCACCCAGCUUCAGUGAUGAAUUCUCUGGUAACUUGCUGUUUGAGGCUUUCGGGAGCGGCUCUGCGAACGAUGUCUAUGAUCUGUUGACGAGUCAACUGUCGUACUGA